AUGGAGGUGCCGCUUGUUAAUUUUGAAAAUAUGGAUGACGUUGGCAUCAACCUCGGCGACCCGAGUGACUCCGGGUACCCGACUUCGCCCACCUCGGAGGCACCUGAUCAGAGCCUUUUGACCCACCGGCUGACGUCUCCCCAGCAGUCACCGCGCAGAGGAAGGCGGGGGCACCACUCUGGUCAGGAGGGGUUGUCCCCUUCCACCCCACCCACCCUGACCUCCAAGGGGAACUCCAGCAGUGGCAGCUUGAUCUCGAAUCUGAAGCUUAUGAUCAACAGCGAGUCUCCCACUGACAGCGUCUUCAGUAAGAUGCCGAAGGAUUACUACGAAAAUGAAGAUCUGUUUGAAAAGCACUGCGUAGAAGAAAAAGAUGAGAAAGUUGUCAUCAAUAUAUCAGGCUUGAUGUUUGAAACCCAGCUGAGUACCCUGAACAAGUUUCCAGAAACACUACUGGGUGACCCCAUGAAGAGGAUAAGUUACUUUGACCCGAUGAGAAAUGAAUACUUUUUUGAUAGAAACCGCCCAUCUUUUGAUGGGAUUCUCUACUACUAUCAGUCAGGGGGAAGAAUCCGAAGACCAGCCAAUGUUCCCUUAGAUGUUUUUGCUAAUGAAAUUGUUUUCUAUGAGUUAGGUCAUGAAGCGAUGCAGCAGUUUCGUGAGGAUGAAGGGUUUGUCAAAGAACCUGAAGUCCUUUUGCCCACCAAUGAGCUGCAACGACAGUUCUGGCUCUUGUUUGAAUACCCCGAGAGCUCCAGCGCAGCCAGAUCCGUCGCUCUAGUCUCCGUUUUCGUAAUUGUCAUUUCAAUCUUCAUCUUUUGCCUCGAGACUCUACCGGAGUUUAGAGAAGACACUGACUUUCCUACAGGCUUAACCCAGUUGAUCAACGGCACACAAAACAGUUCCCCUCAUCCUGCCACAAAAGACGUGAUGGCAUAUAUCACAGACCCGUUUUUCAUCGUGGAGACCAUUUGCAUCAUUUGGUUUUGCUUUGAAGUUGGUGUCCGUUUUGUGGUGUGCCCCAGCAAAAGGGAUUUUUUCAAUAACAUAAUGAAUACCAUAGACAUAGUUUCUAUAAUUCCUUACUUUGUAACUCUGGGAACCGAGCUGGCUACGACACCUGACGACGAUAUGAACUCAAGUCAGAACAUGUCUUUGGCCAUCCUAAGAAUCAUCCGACUAGUGAGAGUCUUCAGAAUUUUUAAGCUCUCUAGACACUCAAAGGGACUUCAAAUAUUGGGACAGACUUUAAAAGCCAGCAUGAGGGAACUGGGCUUGCUAAUAUUCUUUCUCUUCAUCGGAGUCAUCCUUUUCUCAAGUGCCAUCUACUUUGCAGAAGUGGAUGAACCCCAGACACAGUUUGUCAGCAUCCCUGAUGGCUUCUGGUGGGCUGUGGUGACCAUGACCACAGUAGGUUACGGAGACAUGUGUCCCAUCACCAUGGGAGGCAAAAUGGUCGGCACUCUCUGUGCCAUUGCUGGUGUCUUGACCAUUGCCUUACCCGUCCCUGUCAUCGUCUCCAACUUUAACUAUUUCUACCACCGUGAGACUGAGCAAGGGGAGAAGCAAGUGAUGGACGCAGCAGCAGAAGCUGCCCAGAAAAUGUCAGCUGCUAACAAGUGUGGAAGCGAACUUUCUCUAAACAAAACCAACGGCACCUGGCAAAAUGAGAAAAACGGCAUGCACUGA